AACAUUGGAUUGAGAUCCAUAAUCCACACAUUAUUUCCACGGACCGCCACUAUAUACCCCGAGUAGUUCGAGAAGCCAUUGAAAUUCGAAAAUACAAAAAUUUCAAUCGGGAAGAUGGUUUCAAACUAGCCAGCGAGUGGAACCCGGUGGUAGAAUUGUGCAAACCAAGAGGGCGCCGCGACACGCAUAAUAACAAAAGCGAUGUCGUGAGUGUGGUUUGCCUAAACAGCCAAAAACGCGAGGUCGUUGAAAAAAGAAAAAGAACAAGAAAGAGGGUAGAUCGAUUUUGCCCCUAACAGCUGACUUCACUUCUCAUCUCGCAACUUCAGUCCCGUCGUGACCACGAUCCAUGCAACUGGGUCGAAAUAUCGACAAUAAAAAUCUCGUCGUUUUAUCGUGAUUCUACGAUUUCAAGCGUUUUUUCAACAAACGAUACUGGAGUAUCGUACUACAGAUCACAUACUGCGUAAAGUGGAUAUAUUCUUUUUUCUUGAAGAUGGUACCAUUAAAGUGAUGGAGCCUAAAACACAGAACAGUGGAUUGUCACAAGGUGUGCUUAUAAGUCGCCAAAGAAUACGGCUUCCGUUCAGUUAUGAUUUAUAUUACGACGUUCUUGAUCUAAAUAUUGGACGAGAAGUUACUUUCUUUGGAAAAGUAUUUAAGAUCGUCAAUUGUGACAACUUCACAAGAGUGUUCCUGAAUCGCCUCGGCAUCAACGUACCUCAUCCAAUCAACUGGCCUGAUGCUGUUGAGAGAACACCGGACACAAGGAAGCCACCCAAACAUAGACCGUUUCGGCAGUUUCUGGAUUUUGAUAGACAAGUCUUAAGAUUCCAUGGGUAUUGGGAUGACCGAGAGUCUGAGUUUGGUACAAUACAUCUAUUGGAGAUUCAUUACUUUUUGGCCGACGAUACUAUAGAAAUCAAAGAAGAAUUACCACCAAAUUCCGGGAUGGAAGCUGGACCUAUGUUUUUGAAAAGAAUGAGAAUUCCACGAAAAAUUCCACCUCGCAUAGAGAUGACUGGGGGACCAAAAGUAACCUCAUACACUCCUGCAGAUUUGAGUAUAGGCGCUGUGAUAAAUGUGUACGGACGAAAUGUUGUUCUCACUGACUGUGAUCCAUUCACCAAGGAAUAUUAUCGAGUCACGUAUGGCUUUGACGCAUUUACUCCAUUACCUUUACCAAACGAUGGAGGCAAGGAGUGCAUAUCCGCAAGCAUGGCGGAACGCCAGUUGCCGCCGUGGAAUGGGUAUGGUUCGUAUGAUGAUUCUGCUGAAAAUUGCCGAACUGUCGAGCCGAAAGCUCCACAUAGAGAUUUUAUGAAAUUUCUUCAUAAAGACAGAGUUGGAUUUGACUCCCACAUACUUCGUUUUGCUGCAAGAUUGAUCUCCGACGAUCCCGUGGACGCACAGCGUUACUUCAUAAUAAAAUAUUUUUUGUGUGAUGACACAAUUGGAAUAUUUGAACUUGGCGAGCGUAAUUCUGGAUUUAAGGGUGGCAAAUUCUUCCGGCGCGACAAGAUGUAUCUACCCGACGUGAAGUUCUUUGUACCUAAAGAGCCUCCAGCAUACACUGACAAGGAUAUGUGGAUCGGCAAUGAGCUGGUAAUCAACAAGCACCGAUUCAGACUCAUUGCAGCUGAUGAAUAUGCUUUAAGAUAUUUGGAGACACAUUCCAAUGAGUAUCCAAUGGCAAAUAUUCCGUUGAUAAUGGACAAGAUUCGCAGGACACUAGCCUCUAAAGAAAAUGGCUACAAGAAUUUUGUAGCGAAAUACAUGGAAGCUGUUUUGCCGAAUAAGAGAGAAUUGAUGUCUGUUAGAUGCUUCAAACAAGCCUUAAAAGAAAUAAUGUGUGAAAAAAUGUCGGAACACGAAUUUGUGUCUCUGAUACGAUACUUUCGAGGUGAUCCUGGGAAAGAAAAGAGUCCUCGAAGAGAGAUGAUAAGGUCAUUAGUAUUUACGGAGUUGACCCGCGGGCUAUGGGAUGACCGGGAGCGUCUGAAGGAAGGUUUGAUCCAUGCCGACGUGAGCCGUGCGGGAGUGCUGUCGGCGGAGCAGCUGCGGCAAACACUGCGCGCGCACCGGUUGCCGAUCAACCGGGACUUGAUGGACUGUAUGUUGACAGUGCUUGAGAAGGAUGACAAGUGCAACAUAGUAUAUAACGAUCUCAUGUCGUUCCUCGACUUUCAAACACGACCAGUCUUCAGUCUCACCGAAGAAGAUUACAUGAAGGUUGUGCGUCACGCGCCGCCGACCAAAGAUAUAGAGUGCAAGAUGUGGGCAGAUGCAGAGACACUAAUAACUGACGGUUAUGUAAAUUGGAACGCCUUCCUCUGCCAACUGAAUCUUGACCACCUGGUUAAAGAGCAGAGUUAAAGAGCUACUUAGUCGAAGUAACUAUAGUACGUUUAACGGGGCGAGAUAAAUAUUUUAAACAAUUUGACAACAUGAUUGCUUACGACAGUUAAGAACAGAUAUGAUACUCACUCGCUUUCGAAUGUACGUGUAAGUUUUCGAUUAGGUUGUUUACGUAUUUUAUCUCUAAUCGUUGGAUGUACUAUACGUAUAUUUUAUAUCUGCUAUUAGAGGAAGGGAUGACUAAGCGAGAAAUGAUUAAUUUGAAAUUGAAAUUAGUUACAUUUUGUAACUAACAAAAAAUCGUUUUUGUACGCAUUUUGAAAAUUAAUAACAUUUAUAUUGGUGUUUAAU